AUUUUGCACAUUCUGAAAGCCUGUAAAAAAAGCACCUGGUUCGUUCUCAUGGUUACCAGUAAACAUCCAGGACGCUAUGGCGACACGGUCCCCAGCUCCACUGUUCGCGUUCGGCAGCUGCCAGAAGCGUCUUAUGUUCCCAACGCACUUUGCACCUAAUCGCAUGGGCUGCUCAACUGCUGGCUCCAAGGAACUAGGUCUAGGACCUGGAUGGUACGACAACCACACGGUGGGCACUCUUAUAUAUGACCUCCAACACAGACCUGAGAGUAAGAGGGGAUAUGUGUUAGGAGCCCGCACUGCACCACGCUUUCUGCCUCCAUUUAAGAAAUACCAGCAGGACUGGGCGCAGUCUAAAGUGUGUCCUCCAGGAAAAACUCCAUUCAAUAGUACCACUGUAAGACACAGACCUUCGAAUGCAGACUCCACCCCUGGUCCAGGGGCAUAUGCUCACAAUACCAUCCUAAACAAAAGGGUGUUGUGGCCAAUGAAAUUCGGCUCUCCAGACUGGUCAAAAGUGCCGUUGCUGGAGAGAAGAGCACUGCGGACAGAGCUCCUCCAUGACAAAGAUUUUAGGAAACAGAGGAACAGGGUGGCAUAUCUGAGCUUGUUUUACUGAUCACUCUAAAAUACUACCUCAAAAAUGCAGUGUGAUUCUCUACAUAUACAAACAUUAAAGCUUUAAAAGAGAAAUUCUACUCGUCUCCAAUUUCAUAUGUCCAGUUUGAAAACGUAUUUUUGAAGUGUCCUAUAUUUGACUCAAUCCAGGCACAUUACUUAAAAUUUAACUAACGUAGUAGUGAGUAAAGUAACACGACACAGGACACAUGUUUCUAAUGGAGAUGUUUACUUUAUCCCCACGUUCUGGUUUAAUUUUCAACUUGUCCUUUUGAAACAACAGCUUAAAAUAAACAAUAAAACACAUGUAUUACCAUCAUUCACAAAUGAGUAACAAAUAGGCACAAAUCAAAAGAGAAUGUCAUGUUUUUGAUGUGUGGAGAACUGUAAAAACUAAAUGACAUUUCAAGGGAA